AUGCCUUCCCCGCACUCUCAGGCUUGCCUCCAGUUCCCUUCUUCAUCGAAAAGGGCCUUGCAAUCGUCAUCGCUGUUCUCUCUAUCAACCAUAAGCCCGAAGUCGUGGAUCGUCUCCUUCGCCCGUUCAUCAAUUCUUUCUGUCCUCGAAGACGCGAUUUCUGUCGGCCACUUGACAAUCUCCGAUUCCGAAGGGACGCACUAUUAUGGGAAGUACCAGAAGGGUUGCAAUGACGUCCAUCUCAACAUCGUCAAUGAUAACUUCUGGUUCCGUAUAUUGCUCUCCGGCGACUUAGGAUUCAGUGAAGCUUACAUGAUUGGAGAUGUUGAAGUCUCUUCUCUCAAGGGAUCCAUGGACCUGUGGCUUCAAAAUCAAACCGGCAUGGAGAGCACAAUGUCAUCGACAGUUGCCAAAAUAUCAUCAGCUUUCACCGCGCUAUACAACAGCUUCCUUGGCCAAACACGUUCCCAGGCGCGUCUGAACGCCAUUGCGAGCUACGACCAGUCCAACGAGCUGUUCAAGGCAUUCCUUAGUAAAGAGAUGAUGUAUUCAUGUGCCCUCUGGGGCGAAGCAGAGGGAGGUGUUCGAGGUGACCUGGAAAUGGGUCCGAGCCCAGGAGAUUUGGAGGCGGCCCAGCUUCGCAAGAUUCAUCAUGUCCUUCGGGCCGCACGGGUCAGACCAGGCCAUCGAAUUCUCGAGUUUGGAAGUGGCUGGGGAGGUCUCGCAAUAGAGGCCGCGAAAUCCUUCGGUUGCGAAGUUGACACCUUGACGCUAUCUAUAGAACAGAAAAUGCUCGCGGAGGAACGAAUCAAAGAGGCAGGCCUGGAAAGCCGAGUUCGUGUCCAUUUGCUCGAUUAUCGGGAAAUCCCUGCCGAGUUCGAGAAAGCAUUCGACGCAUUCGUCAGCGUGGAAAUGUUGGAGCACGUUGGCGCAAAGUACUACAACCUUUACUUCAAAUUGAUCGAUUUCGCUCUCAAGUCCAAAAAUGCUACGGCAGUCGUGACCGCUUCGACUUUCCCGGAAUCAAAAUUUUCUAGCUACCAAGCCGAAGACUUCAUGCGCAAGUACAUGUGGCCGAAUUCUUGCCUCCCGAGUGCGACUGCUCUAAUCACUGCCGCACAAACGUCGUCACAAGGCCGCUUUACCCUCGAAGGCGUGGAGAAUCAUGCAGCUCAUUAUCCUCGAACCCUUCGCGAAUGGGGAAGGCGGCUAGAAGCAAACCUCACUCAGGACUUGAUAACGAAGGACUAUCCUAGCCUGUGCAACCCCUCCGACUACGAAGUCUUCAAGCGGAAGUGGCAAUAUCUGUUUGCAUACGCAGGUGCCGGUUUUGCACAAGGAUACAUCACGUGUCAUAUGAUUACUUUUAUCCGCGAAAAUGAUACACCAGUAUUGCGAUGCGACUGA